CAUUGUCCCCAAAAUUUGGGAUCAUUAGCCGAUUAUUCCACACUUUUCUUCUCCAUUUGGUUUGAGGUUCCGAGUUUCCAUUCUGCUCAAACAAAAAACGAAGUAAAAGCAGAAGCCUAAAACAAACUCUGCCUUUUUCAUUUUGAUACUCACUUUAAACCUGUAAAGAUGACCCUUUUCAUGCUCUAAAAUAAUGGGAUUUGGAGCUCUAAGAAGUAUCGUUCGACCGCUAUGUCGGACUCUCCUAUCCCGGGCUUCCCCUGUUUCUGUAACUACGUCGAGUGUCUCCAUUUCCUCGUGCCCAAAACACGGUUUCGACUCCUUUUUGGGCGGGUCAAUUUACCGUCAGUCUCCAUGGAUGUCGAUAUCGAAUCAGUUGCAUAGCUUAACCGAUACUCCUUCCCCAAGGAGAAGGCCCCAAGACAAGCCACGUCGGAAAAGAGCCAGCUUGAAACCCUCUGAGCCGUAUGCAUGGGUAAAGUAUACUCCAGGGGAGCCUAUUCUUCCAAAUAAUCCGAAUGAAGGGAGUGUCAAAAGAAGGAACGAGAAAAAGAGAAUGAGACAGCGCCGCGCAUUUAAAUUGGCAGAGGCAAAGAAGAGGAAAGCUCAGUUGCAGGAGGCUAAUAGGCAGAAGAAGAUUAAGCAAGUAGAGUGUAAGAUGGCUGCAGUGGCAAGGGAAAGAGCAUGGGCUGACAGGCUGGUGGAACUGCAGCGGCUUUUGGAAGAGAAGAAAAAGGCCAUGGCUUGAAAUAUCACUUUCUCAUAGCCUUCGUCUUCCUAAUGUAUGCUGCUUUUGAGACAUCAAACGUAGGUUAUAUAAGUUUCUUGAUUGUGUUACCUUCCUAAUGUUUGGUUACCCCUGCGAGUGCCCAACUUAAUGGCAUUUAGACAUCUUAUGUUGUUGGUUUUUCUAGUUCUGCACUUUCUCAUUUGUAGACUGGAAAUUUGUAUUUUGUGUGCAGGCUUAGGAAACAAGGAAAGUGUUGCAAAGCUGCAUUUGGCUUUUCCCAACCAUAAGCCUGAUUCUUGCCCCCUUUUGCAUAUCUAUUUAACUGAGCCCUUCAUUGAGGACUUGCAAUUGAACUGGUGAAACAAGAUCUGAAAUAAGUUAUAAUUAAAAAUUAUUUUAUGAUGAUGCUUGUGAUGUCUGAUUGCCAAGUGACCUAACAAAAAGAAACGGAGAAAAAAAAAAAGGUAGAAAGUUUCAUUUAAAAUGAUGCUUGGUUUCAUGUUUGAGGUUUCUUGGAGAGUCAAUUCACCACUUAAGUGGUGUACUAUAAAGGGGAUGUGACGUUAUACUACCUGAAGUUCCUUCUUCUCACGUAUCGUUUUUGGUUUGACAUGACAAAAGAUGCAAGAGCCACUACAUUUUUUCAUCAGUGUGAUUAUAUGACACUUGAGUCAUUACGGCUCAAACCCCCAUCCUCU